AGGGAGGGGGGGAAGCGUGUGCUUCGCUGCGCUGACAUUUUUUUGGCGAUGCCUCCUGUUACUCCGGCUCUGCCGCUCGCCAGCCCUGCUGCAGCCGGCGCUGCUCCUGCGCCGGCGCUGCUACUCCGGCCGCCGCCACCGCUGCUGUCGUCUUCUUGCCCAGCUCGCUCCUAGCGCUACUGCUGCCUCCGCCACCACCACCACCAGCAGCAGCACCGCAGCGGACACGGGGGAGGCGGAGGCGGAGGAGGAAGAAGAGGAGGCGGCGGCAGCUGAUCCUCUGCCUCGGCGGCUGCCUGCCAUCCUGCUGCGCCGCUGCCAGACGUCAGGUGCUGCUCCGGCAGCGUGAGCUCAGCGGGGAUGAUCCUAGGCAGCCUGAGCCGGGCGGGCCCAAUCCCGGCCAUCCUGCGCCCACCACCUGCCAUGAUGCAGCAACCCCUCGAUCUCAAGCCCUUCCUGUCGUUCCCUAUGGAGGCGCAGCCGGCCGUGGGCCUCUUCGCAGGUUUCAACACGGUAAGGCCGUGGCUGCUUCCGGCUCAGGAGGUACAGGCUCGGAUGGACCCAGUGCAGAAAGCAGUGAUCAACCACACCUUUGGGGUACCCAUAACCAAGGCCAAGCGCCCAAUCAUCUCUUGCAACGUCUGCCAGAUCCGCUUCAAUUCUGAGAGCCAAGCCGAAGCACACUACAAGGGGAACCGCCAUGCCCGGCGAGUAAAGGGAAUUGAGGCAGCCAGGACACGGCAGAAGGAAUCGGGAGCCCGCGAGGGAGACAAACCGGGGCCUGUGGGCAGUCCGUCCUCCAGCACCGGGGAGAGUGACUCUGACCGCACAGCCGAGCAACUAAAUGGCAUCGGGGGUUUGGUGACGGUGCCCCCCGUCCCUGCUCCCACCUCUCCAGAUAAGCAGCCCUGCCUGGUGUCUCCAGCAGCAGCAGCACCCCCACCGCCCCACUCAGUCCCUUGCCCAGAACCUAGCCAGAGUUCCAAGAGCGGGCAAACAACCUGGGGGACGAAGGUGGGAGAGAUCUCUACGGCGUCUGCAGCCCCAGCCACUUCAGGGGCGGCACCCAGUAGCAACGGCAACCCCAAGCCUGACGAAGAGAAGGCCAAGAAGCUGUUGUACUGCGCACUUUGCAAAGUGGCUGUCAAUUCACUGUCUCAACUCGAGGCCCACAACAAAGGUACAAAGCACAAGACUAUCCUGGAAGCACGCAGUGGGUUGGGGCCUAUCAAGGCAUAUCCACGCCUGAGCCCCACCACUGGAGGGGAGCCAGGCAGCCAAGACCCCAGUGCUCAGGAGAGAACCUUCCACUGUGAAAUCUGCAAUGUCAAAGUCAACUCUGAGAUCCAGCUCAAACAGCACAUUUCCAGUCGACGGCACCGGGAUGGAGUAGCUGGGAAGCCCAACCCCUUGUUGAGUCGGCACAAGAAGCAGCGAGGCAUGGCAGAGCUGCAGGGCUCCCUGGCCUUCCCUAAGGAGCUUCCCAAGUCGCUGGCGGCCGGAUUGCUGCCCAGUCCGCUGGCUAUGGCAGCAGCCAUGGCAGCCGCCGCUUCCUCGCCCCUGACGCUGCGACCAGCCCCGACGCCACCGCUGUUGCAGGGCCCACCUCUGACGCACCCGCUCCUGCGCCCGGCUCCGGGGCCCAUCCGAACUGCACAUGGACCCAUCCUCUUCUCGCCAUACUGAUGCCGCUCGUCCACCCACCUGCCUGCCACAAUCCCGGGACUCUUGGCACCACUGGAACCGCCCACCCCGGCAACUAGCAACAGGUCUCGGCAACAUCACAUGGCGCCCAGCCCCAUCCAACGGGAGCGAUUUUACUUUCUUUCCUUUCUUUUUUUUGUUUCUUUUCCUCUUUUUUUCUUUGUAACUAGAGAUGGAAAUAUUUUUCUGAGAAGAGAAAAAAGGGACAAUCCCCACACAAACACACACACACAUACAUGCACCUGGUCUCAACCCCAUCUGGGGUCCCUGGCCAAAUCUGCACAAGUGCCAGGUUCUCCCACAGGCUGGGCCAAGGUGUGUCUGUGCACAUUGGUGUGUGUCAGUCACAUCUCCCGAGGUACAAAAAAGGUUGGGGAGUGACAGUGCCUCCCCAGGACUCUGUGGAGCAUCAAAAGGGGAGGCAGUUCUGGUACCUCAGGGACUGAUCAGCAAGCAAUCUCCUUCCAUCCCAGAGCUAAAGGGGGGGGGGCUCUUGCCUCCCCCACUCAUACAAGCCAUUGUCCACUUGCACUGAAAGGGGUGUGUGUGUGUGUUUGUUUGUGUGCACGGGACAGAAGACAGGGCCUCCGGAAGACUGAGCCCCUACUGCAAUAAUGCUGGCCGGCACCUCCAUGUACAUAUCCCUCGCCCAAUUCCCCCACAUUCCCCUGUGCUGGCCCCACCCUCACUGCGCUUCCAUGCAAUGGGGGCCCCGUGGCCCCACCACCGCUGCACCUCGACAAGAGACUGGCAGAGCAAUUACUGUGCUCCCAUUGCCCUCACCCCCAUUCCUCUUAAGAGGCAGACAGACAUAAACUCGGCAUCGUUUUCUGUUCAGAAGUGACAUCCACACACCUGAGUCAGACAACCGUUCCCUCCUCUAUACCACCUACCCUCCCUAGGUAAGGAAAAUCAAGGGAAUUUGGGCUGUGUUGUUUUUCUUUCUUUUUUAAAAAAAGGUUAGUUUUGUUAAAUCUGGAGGAAUCAGGAAGAACUCUGGACUGAGAAAGUGAGUGUGAUCCCAUCACCUAGCCUGGAAACAAUGUGAUGGGUGUGUGUGUGUGGUGAUGAAAAUCUGGGACUCGCACUGCUAUCUCACUGAGUAGGAGCAAGGGCUUUGACUCAUCUGACUGGGUCUGUAGGGUCUCUUGGCUCCUAAGUAAAGAAGAGCAGGGAUCUCUUCUCUAAAGGAGUUCCUUGCAUCUUGUUCUGCCUGUAGACCUUGCCUUUGGGUUAACUGAGCUGUUGCCAUGAUAGCACAACAUCUCUCUCUGUCUCCUUCCCCCUCUGCUUUUUUUCUACAGAGUUGGGUCCCCAUCCCUCCACCCCUUUCUUGAGUGGGUGGGACAUUAACCAGGAGGCCAGGUCAUUAGUUUUCCUGGAGAUUAAACAGCCUCCUCCUCUCCAGGCCCCCUUCUCCUAAAGCCCAACCCCACCCGGAGCACAUAAAAUUCCAGAUGCUUGUUAAAUUCCCUGGCACGCAUCCUAGUUGGCGCCUAUCCGUGGAUUUUGCGUGUGUGUACAUUUGUGUGUGCUGAUUAAUGGAACAACGGAGGUUUGGGUUUGCUCUUUCACACACACACACGCACGCAUGCAUGCACCAUGGUCUGCAGUUUCCCAUCUGCCCCAAGCAGAACAAUGCAAGGCCCGGAAUAUGACCCCGUAGACCAGGGAGGAAGGUCUUCCAUGCCAUGGCCAUUACACUGGCCACACUCCUCUCCCUUGCCCCUUUCAAAACUGUGACUGACGUUCAGAGCAAUAGAGACACUGGCGUGUGGGGGGAAACGGGACCCACCUUCCCCCUAGCUGGCAUGAAUGACGCCAGUCCUGUCCCGCGUUACCUCAGUCCUUCGAAGCCCACAGGGCAAUGUGUCCCCCUCCCUCUGCCCAUCCCAGGCAUCCUGUUCACCCCAAAGUGUCUGUCUUUUCCAUCUGCCAUCCGUCUGUCCAUGCUAGACUUUCUCCUUGCCCUGCCCCCCCCACCUUUCUUGCUGACACCAAUGCCUUUCUGCUUCAUCCCAUAUAGCACCUUUGAUCCCUCUGCCCCUUGACAACAAUAAAAGUGAUAAGGCUAAUUUUCGCCUGCAUUCUUCGCCUCUGUCAGGGACUCCAGGGCUCAACAUGGGAACUUCACGGUUUCGGACUGGGAUCAGCCCCUAGGCUCUGUGGGCAAGCGUGUGAUCCGAUCCCAGAGCCCACUUCAGAUGCUGAAGGGAGGGAAGGCAUGGAACUUGCAAUUGGCAGGGCUUAUGAAACCACUGCUUUGGAUCGGACUGGUAUAUAAACACGGGGAAGGUGGCUUUCUGUUUUCUUCAGGUCAGCUGACCAGUGCAUUCUGUUUCUCCUGCUCCACUGACCUCUGGGACACUUAGCUAGAGAACCCACCCCCUGGAUCGGGUCAUGAGAAUGUCACUGUACAAAAUCCCAGAGCUUUGGGAUAUGAGGUGGGGAUUUCAGGGGAAGCAAAUUCCCUCUCCAUUCUGACUUCCACCCCCUACUGGUCAGAUUUGUGAAGAUCUUGAUAAGGGAGCUGCAUCCAUGGGUGUAGCCAAGGGGGAGGCAGGGGGGCAGCUGCCCGCCCACCCCCCAAAUCAAUAAAAAUAAAUACAAAUUUGAGGUCCUUCCCCUACUAAGAAAAAUCCUGGCUAUGCCCAUGGCUGUGCAUCACUUAUUAGCUGCUGAGUUGCAAGCAACUUUAAUCUGCCUUCUUGUACAGCUUUAGUUACAGUUACCACUUGAUAAGAAACUUCAAUAUAGAUUGUUCUGAUUAUCUUUGCCCUAAAACGAGGAGUUCAUGGAUUCAACUAAGUUUUAUGCAAAGCAGACCCAUUGGAAUUAAUGAACAUGACUAGUUCCAUUAUUUUCACUGGGUCUGCUCUGACUAAAUCUUAGUUGAUUGCCACCCCAAAUUUUGACUACCACCACUCAACUCUAAAAAUGAGAGUUCUGCUCAGACCAGUUUAAUACAUGACGACAUUCAUUAACAGCAGGCAUUUCCAAACUCGGCCUGCCAGCUGUUUUGGGACUACAAUUCCCAUCAUCCCUGACCACUGGUCUAGUUAGCUAGGGAUGAUGGGAGUUGUAGUCCCAAAACAUCUGGAGGGCCAAGUUUGGGGAUGCCUGAUUAAUGGGUAUACAAUGCAUCUCCAUGCUGCAGCUGUUUAUUCCUGAGAAUGUUUCCAUGGCAUAGGUAAAAAGUGUUAAGCACACUUGAAACAUUGCGGUUUCCAACCGAUGCACGUUGCAAGUCUGCAAUGUGCACCCAUUAAGACUGCAACAUGUGAUGUGACCCUCAGAGGAGGAGAUCUUGACUGCCUACACUAUCUCAGCCAGCGCUGAACACCAAUGUGACCCAGAGGUGGCUCUACCCUGAGGCAAAAUGAGGCCAUUGCUUCGGGCGGCCUAUUUUGAGUGCUAUUAAGGGGAGUGGGAGUCAAGCAGAUGUGACCUGCAGAGCACGGUUCACUGGGAAGUCCUCCAAGCGCCACCAAACUGAAGAGCUGCGUGAGCACAUGAUGCUCCUGAGCGUUUUCGGUUCAUUUCAGUGUGGCUUGCACUGGAGAUUUUCCCACUGCCUCGGGGCAAACACUUUAAAUAUGUUAUUCAGAUUUCCUGCCUCAAUCACCGAAAUGUCUUGAGGGCAGCCCUGCAAACAACUCUGAUUGGCUCUGGAUUUUGUGUGCAUGUCUAUUUUAGACCUAGCCCUCUCCCAGGGAGAGAUCAUGCAGAUUGCUACCUCCCCUGGUUUAUAAUCCUCCUUUUUCCUUGCUUGCUCAAGCAGUACAAAGCAAGCGCAAGCAAGGGAGGGUCGAUUAAGGAUUGUGCUGGGUCCAAGUUUCCAUUUUAUCAGUUCAUGUGACUUCAGCCUGGGGCUGGCCGAUGGGUCUUAGAGUGGGGACAGAAUUCAUAUUAUAGAACCACAGAAUUGUAGAGUUGGACGGGAGCCCGAGGAUCAUCUAGUUUAACCCCCUGCAAUGCAGGAAUCUCAACAGCAUCAUGCACAGCAGGAGUACCACAAACAUUUCCCCAGGAGCCUUCUCAUGCUUCUUGAUAUGUACUGCAGUAAGCUUCCCAGGGGCCUAGGAAGAGAAGGUGCCUUUGACCCUCUCAGCACCUAACAAACAGACAAACCUUUUUCCUUGUUGGCAAGUUUUCGCUUCCUUAGACAUGCGGUGAGGAGUGCUGGCUCACAACAGCAGGGGGCAGAAGAACACAUUUGUUCUCUGCACCACAGCCCCUUCACAUCCCACACAAGGAUUUCCUCAUUCCAUUGAUCAGGGCUCUUGCUGGGCUUGCAGCAUCUCAAUCACUUGACUCAACACCCUUUCAAUUCAUUUGUUGGGAAAGUGCCUUAAACUCUAGUGCAGGCACCCCCAAACUUCGGCCCUCCAGAUGUUUUUGGACUACAAUUCCCAUCAUCCCUGAUCACUGGUCUUGUUAGCUAGCGAUCAUGGGAGUUGUAGGCCAAAACAUCUGGAGGGCCGCAGUUUGGGGAUGCCUGCUCUAGUGGAAAAGGGAACGCACUACCUAACCAUUCAAAAUGUCAUGGCUCUUAAGAUGUGACAGCCCUGAAGAACCCUGAAUGUGGAAAUACACAGAUUUUGGUGUUGGUUCAGUCUUUGUACUGCAGACAUCAAAUAUAGUGUAUAGACACAGUAUAUUGUAUAGACAAUAUACAAAGGGAAUAUUUGAUGUGCGGUUAAAAAAAUACUGUAAUAACUCUGCGACUGGAUGAUACAGACAUCUGACUUAGCAAGUGGUUUGACCCACCCCCACCCCCCAUGGUGCCAAGUUAUUGCUUAGCCUUUGGUUGUAUAUAUCCACCCUGUGCCAAUGGAACAUUUCAGGCAUUCACUUGCACAGCUCACAGGCAGCAGGCAGGAGAGGAGGAUGGGCAAAAGGACCAUUAGAGCAAUUGUGCAGAAGGUAUUGUUGCUGCUGCCUUUAAGCUAUUUAAAGGUUCAUGUAGUGUAUAAUCAACCUGUGGAACUCACUAUCGCAAGAUGUGACAGCACAAGCUUCGAUCAGAGGUUUCUGUCUUGCCAGAAUUACUUUGUGUGUGUUUUCUCUAGAACUCCAAUUGGGUGCAAAGACAUGCAAUUAGUAUUCAAUUAACAGGGUGCCUCUGAGCCUAGAAAAUAGUUUUCAGCACCCAGUACUGAACUGAACACAAAAGCCCUUUCACACAAAAAAAUCCAGUCCUGGUUAGCUUGUGUCAUUUCUACAGCCUAAUUUGGGUGAAAAGGUUGUUUUACAGUUGCUAUUGUUAAACGGCAGGUGUCAGAAAUCAUUGCUGAUCUACGGCAAAUCAACCAGAGAUCUACCAGUAGAUCCCAGGCUACCAUCUGCCCAACCCUGGCCUAGAUAGCUUGUAAAAGGGAUUAUGCAAAUUCAUACAUUAGUUGGUUAAUUAAACAUUAGUCAUAAUAACUAAAUUACCAUACCUUUGGGCUGAUCUGUCAAGGCAGUACUUACGUUUUUAUGAAGGCGGAAAGACUUUUCAGGCUGGGAUAUGGCAGCUGUAGCUGUGUGUAUAAAUACAGACACAAAUUAAUUCUUA